CUCAAACGUUAACAAGAAUUGUUUUGUGUCAGUGCCAGAAAUUGAAUCUACACCAGAAUAAUUCAUAAAAUUAUUAUGAAUCCAUUAGCAAAAACUAUACAACAAAUUACGUAGAAUGCGUACGCUGUUACGUAUAAUACGUACGCUGUUACGUAUAAUACGUACGCUGCAUCGAUGCAUCUAAGACCCUUGAAAUCAACGGCCGUUCAGUACACCCAAUUGUUAAAUGGCAAAAAGCACACAUUGCACGCUCAAAACCAACCAAUGCACAAUAAUAUCAAUGAUACUAUAAAACCAUCUCAAUCAGGCCAAAACUGUUCAAACAAGCCAUCGAAUACUUUUUUAUGCCAAGAAAUCAAUUCAAACAUCUUCACGCAAAUUAAAUCACAAAAAAAUUGCCAAUCAAAUCACAAAAAAAACAAGAUAACAGAAAGUUAUUUAAAAUCCUGGUACACAAACGCUACAUCGUUAAAUAAUAAAUAUAAUGAGUUGUUAAUUGAGGUUGAGAGAAAUUCACCACAUAUAAUAAUGGUAUGCGAGACAUGGUGGACAGAUAAAUCGAUAACUAAUAUUCCUGGGUAUUGCUCAUAUAGAAUUGAUAGAGCCUUCGGAAAAGGUGGUGGAGUGUGUUUAUAUAUUGCUAAAACUUUAAACUCUUUCAAAAUUUCAAAUACUAAACUUCAAAGUAACCUAAUUGAACAGAUUUGGUGUUCUUUAGUCAUUGGUAGAGAAAGACUUAUAUGCGGAUGUAUUUAUCGUACUGGAGAUAAUGACAUAUACAACUGCAUAAAUGUAAUGAGGUCAAUUGAAGCAGCGGACAAGAUGAUGUUGAAUAAAAAAGUGAGUGGGGAUUUUAAUAACUCGAUGUGGGGAUUUUAAUUUCCCUCAACUCGAUUGGAGCGAUUCUGUAGGCAAAGUAACUGGAAAAAACGAAAUAGCGCAGUUAUUUAUAGAUGGCUUAGAUAAAUUCUAUUUGUUCCAAAACGUAGUAAAACCAAUAUUUCAUCUUGAAAAUGAUAAAAAAUACAAUAUUUUGGAUCUUGUAAUAACAGAAAGAAGCUCAAGAAUUUUCAAUUUAGUACACCACCCACCACUUCAGCACGGACUUAAUGGACAUCAUAUUCUUACUUUUUGCUAUAAUUUUACUCCAUUAAAUAAAAUUGUAAGUCAAUCAUACGCUAAAAAAUAUAUGUAUCAUAAAGGGAACUAUAGUAAUAUGAACAAUUACUUUGAUAAAAUCAACUGGGAUAAUUUCUUUGAAAACCUUAACGUAGACGAGUGUUACAAUAAAUGGUUACAACAUUAUGAUAUGGCAUGCACUCUAUUAAUUCCACAAUCAAAUAUAAAUAAAAUCAAAAGAGUACCUUGGCUUAAUAAAAAAUUAGCAGCAUUGAUAAAGUUGAAUAUAAAACUGUGGAUCACGUGCAGAAAUUCCAAGUUUAGAGACCAAAAUUUAUUGAGGGAAUACAAAAAUCUCAAUAAAGUCACAAAAACAACUGUAAAAUCAACAAUCAGAGAAUAUGAGUAUGAAAUUGUUCAUAAAGCCAAAGAAAAUCCUAAAUUGAUAUACCAAUAUCUAAACAGUAAAACUAAAAUCAAUCAGAAAAUAAGUGCUCUGGAAAUAGAAGAUGGUACAAUAUCGAUAAUUGAAUCAGAUAUUACUAAAGUACUGAAUAAUUUUUUUCAUUCAGUUUUUCAAAAAGAAAACGACAAUGUACCAACGUUUAAUAAAGCAUUACCUAAACCAAUUGCAAAUCCGGAGAUAAAUAUUGACACCGUUAUUAAAAAGUUAAGUAAAUUGAAUGUUAAUAAAUCUACUGUUGAAGACAAAGUGCACACAAGAGUUUUAAAGAAAUGUUCUAAUAGUAUUUCAAAUCCAUUGAUAAUUAUUUUUAAUUGAUCCUACUCAAGUGGCAUAAUUCCGAGAUUAUGGCAGUGUGCAAAUAUUAUCCCUAUAUUUAAAAAAGGAGACAAAUUGAAAGCAACAAACUAUCGUCCUGUUUCAUUAACGUCUGUCGUAUGCAAAGUAAUGGAGAGUAUAAUAAGAGAUGCUUUGAUGGAACAUCUUGUUGAAAAUAAAUUAAUAUCUGAUUCGCAGCACGGCUUUGUCUGUAGUAAAAACUGUUGCACAAAUUUACUAGAGUCUUUAGAUUUAAUUACACAGUCUCUGGAUCCUGGUUUUUCAAUUGAUAUAGCAUUUUUGGACUUCUCCAAAGCAUUUGAUACAGUUACACACAAAAGAUUGUUAAUUAUAUUAAAAGCAUAUUGUGAAAAUGAAGUUUUAGUAAACUGGUUUAAAGAAUAUCUGACUAAUAGAAUUCAAAGAGUUGUCCUUGUUACUUAUAAAUCAGAAUGGAAGGAGGUAACAAGUGGAGUGCCACAGGGCUCAGUAAUAGGUCCGCUAUUAUUUGUCAUCUAUAUUGAUGAUAUAUCACAAGAAAUAAAAUAUUGCUGUAAGUUGUAUGCCGACAAUACAAAAAUUAUUUCGGUGGUUACAAAUAUCAACGAUAACUAUGCAAUGCAAGAGGAUUUAUUGAACCUUAGUAAAUGAAGUAAAAAAUGGUUACUACACUUUAACAACGAAAAAUGCAAAAUUAUGCAUAUAGGGAAAAAAAAACCUCGCUAUAGUUAUUAUAUGAGCCAAUCAACGAGCAAUGAAAAUCAUUACAUUAUGAUAAAAACAUCUUUGGAACAAGAUUUAGGGGUCCUAAUAUCUAAUGAUAUAAAAUGGAAAAAUCAUAUAGAUAUGAUCGUAGAAAAAGCAAACAGAAUACUUGGUCAAAUAAAACAUUAUUUUAUAUACUUAGUUAAAGACCUUAUGAACUGCUAUAUUGUUCGUUAGUUCAACCCCAAUUGGAAUUUGCUUCACCAAUCAGGAAUCCUUAUUAUAAAAAAGACAUCAUUAAAAUAGAACAAGUACAACGAAGAGCAACAAGAAUAAAAUGUUUAAAAGGUAUGAAAUAUGUGUAUCGAUUAAAAGAAUUUGAAUUAACGUCAUUAGAAAAACGAAGAGAACGGAGUGAUAUAAUAGAAUAUUAUAAAAUUUAAAAUGACAUUCAUAAAGUAAAAUGGAGAUACCCUCCAAUAAACAACUUAUAUCCAAAUUUAAGAGGUCAUAAUAAACGAUUGCACAAACAAAAUGUUCGUAUUUCGAAAGCAAGAACGCAUUACUUUACUAAUAGGAUUGUUAAUAAAUGGAACAGUCUAACCUAUGACGUUGUUAACUCUGUUAAUUAAAAUACUUUUAAAAAUAAACUUAAGGAACAUGAGAAGGCCAAUUCUAAAUAAAAAAUGGAUUGUUAUUAUUUUGUUAUGCCAUGAAUUUCAUUAGUAUUUUUUAUUUUACUGUUAAAGUCACGCAACUACAGUUGAGUGACUCACAUAUUUUUUAUAUGUACAGUUAACAUUAUUAUUAUUAUUAUUAUUAUUAUUAUUAUUAUUAUUAUUACUAUAUUUAGAAUUUAUGAAAGUAAA